CUAACUUUCGCGGGCUUUUUUGUUGACAGCUCGGGAGUCGUCUGCAGCCUGAGGGAAGACGAAGUUCUCGUGAUUCGAGAUGGCUGCAGCAAACUUGUUAGAGGAGUUUGACAAUAAGCUCCUUACUUGCUCCAUCUGCAAGGGAGUCUAUGACAACCCUCGUACCCUGCCCUGUCAUCACACCUUCUGUGCCAACUGUCUGGAGCUGUGGAGGAAGGGACAGAGACGGUUCACUUGCCCUACCUGUCGUCAGCAGGUGAAGCUACGGGGACCUGAUGUCAGCAGUUUUCCCUCCAGUUUCUACAUCAACAACUUGCUGGACUUCAGGGCCGUACAUAACUCCAGUAUUAAGAGACCCCGUGCCUCCUGUGGAAUGUGCGAGUCGUAUGCCAGUAUAGAGGGGACAUGUGGGGACUGCAAACUUCUCUUAUGUGGAAACUGUCUUACCGGACAUGGAAACUGUCCAGCCCUGAAGGACCAUUACAUUAUUGCUUGGAAUGAGCUGAAUGACCCCAGCAGCAUGUUAAGGGUCAACCAGACCCAGUACUGCCCUCAACACACAGACCAACGCAGGACCUUUUACUGCCAACCCUGCGCCAAACUGAUGUGCCAAGACUGCGUCACUGCUGACCACCAGCCAGGACCGAACCACGAUCCACAGGAGGUUGGUUUGGUGGCACAGAAGUACGUUGAUGAACUACAGACCUUAGUUGGGAAGAGCCAGGAUUCAGCUGAUGCAUUGAAGAAGACUAAAGCAGUUGUUGGCAACGAGCUCACAAUCAUCUCGACAAACUGUCAAAUCGUAAAAAAAGAAAUCCAGGAACAUUUUUCAGAGCUCAGAGCCAAGCUAGAUAAGGAAGAGCAGGAAGUUACAGAGAAACUUGUCAAGAUGGAAGAGACACAGAAGGAGCCUCUCGUGAAGGAAGAGAAAGAGUUGGAAGAGAGGUUACAAUCAACUGAAGAAGACCGUAAAUUCUGUACAGAUUUUCUCUCUAGAGGUAACGAUGUAGAAAUCAUCACACUCCGGAAGCAGCUAGGAGACAGGCUAGAUGCUCUUUCUUCAAGUCAGAUUCAGCAUCAAAGUCUGAAAAAUCACAUAUCAUUUCUUCCUACAGUCAAUAUUAACUGUGAGCUGUCCCUGACUUGCAAGCCCCUAGUUAUCACUGAUCCCCCAGUAGCAAGUCUCCCAACUACAAUCAUCUUUAUACCCAAUGAAGGUCAAGCUUUGGAAACCAACCCACUUAUCACUGUCACCUCCCCUCAGGGGCAGCAUGCUCAGUUGGAUGCCUCUAGAACGAAUGAGGGGGCUUUUCAAGCAGUCUGGAGGCCGAAAACAGUGGGGAAGCAUGAGGUGGGGGUGACAAUGGGAGGAGGGGGGAGACUGUGUCCCACUCUGAGUGUACAUGUGGGUAGUAAUGACCCUGUACUGAACUUUGGACAGGAACGGUUUUAUAUGCCAUUAGAUAUAGCUGUCAGUGGGAACAGGCUCUAUGUGGCUGAUGAGUUAGUCAGAAAUAUUCAGGUGUUUGAUCUGAGUGGUAACUUCUGUCACUCUUUUGGGACGCCAUCAGCGCCUUGGUCACUUUCAGUUCAUACUGACGGCACCAUAGUAGUGAACACCGUAACAGAUGUUGUGAAAUAUUCCCAAUCAGGGGAAGAGCUGCACAAAUUUUCCACAAGGGAAUACUGCACACAUCCCGGAGGCCUGGCAGUACUGAAGGAUGGGAGGAUUGUUGUAACAGAUAGUGGCAAACAUUGUAUUUUCCUAUUUGAAGCCAAUGGAACCCUGGUAAAACAGUUAGGAGGGAAGGGGAGUGCAGAGGGGGAGUUUGAUACGCCAGCCUCUGUCUGUGUUGACAGAAAUGACAACAUCAUUGUGUCAGAUAUGAAAAACUUUCGGGUUCAGGUGUUUGACAAGGAUCUAAACUUCCAAUACCAAUUUGGUCAGGAGGGUCAGGAACCUCAGGACAUGUGUAGACCUAUGAGGGUUUCAGCUGACAGCAAAGGAAACAUAGUUCUGGUAAACUUUAAUCAUUGUGAUAGACAGGGGAUUCAAGUGUACCGCUCAGAUGGCACCUGGGUGGCUACCUUCAGUAGUGAUAUUACAUAUCACAUACGUCGAGAAUCUUGUGGGGUGGCUGUGACAGAGGACGGACAUGUCUUUGUAGCCAAUUCUCAGCCCCUUUGUAUCAAGAAGUACAGAUACUUGUGAUCGGAACUGCAUCCAUUCAAUUGUGCACACCUAGAAGCUUGCAUGUUGCUUCCUCUAACAUUUUUGGAAUUUUUUAGAAGUUUAGAUUGAUAGCCCUACCUUUAUACAUGUACCUUGGUUUAUCAUACAUACCAUUUGUGUAGGGAAUAUUAACUUGCUCACUGUUGACAUCCCUAUGUAGUACAUAAGAAACUUUUGUGACUUAUGUUAAUUUUCUUUAUGUAUUAUAGGCAUAUUUAUUAGUAUUUUUUACCCACUUACUAACUUCCUUGCAAUGUGCUAGCCUUUUUACUACUUAUUACUUAGGGUCUGCUCUUCAAGCUGAAGUACAGUGUAGAAUAUCAGUUAUUCUUAGGAAGAGACUACAGUAUACACUUAUUUUAUUUCUAUUAAAACCUCACCAUUGCAGAUAAAGUGUGUCCCAAUGUGUUAGCCCAGCACAGGUUUUACAACAGGCAUACGUGCAUUUUUUUUCUGUGCUGAAAUGUUGGACCAAACUACAUUUGUUCAUGUUUACCUUUUUUACUACAUACCUGUAUUAUGUAUGCAUAAUGAGUGAGAUUUGGGAAGUCAGAUUUUGAAAGUAAGGUUUGGUGUGCGGAAAGCACUCAGUUUUGAGACUGGGGAACUUGCCUGCACAAAACUGAAUCUCGUAAGCUUUCAUGUCUUUUUUUAGUCCAGGAUGUAGCAGUUGGAACUGCAAAUCAAUGCAUUUGGUGGAAACAGUCUCUUGUUUCACAAUACAUUAUACAGCAUACCAGGUAGAUCUUCUCAGGAAUUAAUUAUAUAUAAUUUACAAUCCGUUUACUUGUGUGUUAUGUGUGUAUUUUUGUUGUAUUUAAGUCCAACAACACAAGCUAACCCGGGUGUGUACUGAAAUGCCCCCUAGAGACAAGGGAAGGUACCACAGCCUGUGGCUGCAAGGGUAUGAAUUUAGAAAGCAACUGACAAACGUGAUUGAGGAAGGAUUUUGUUUGCUGACAGCUAAGCCAUACUUGAUGACACGACAAUUUCA